AUGCCGCUGGGCUGGAGGAGGAGAGCAGGGAGCGCCGCGGUGCGGGACUCGGACGGGGCCGAGGCGCUCGCAGUACUAGCGGCUUCUGGUUUUUCUGAGGGUCGCCCCAGAGGCUUUGACCAACGAGUCCGAGCCCGCUCCUGCUAUUUCUGGAGCCUGCGGGGCCGCGGUUCAGACGCCAUGAGUCUUGUACCAGGCGUCUCCUGGGUGGGCGACGGGAAGAGAGCGUGGCCUCGGCCUGGGCCUUACCCGGGCUCCGGCCACUCUGGGUGCCGGGGGCAGCGUGGUCGUGCGGCUGAUGGUAGAUGCCCUUGUCGGAACCUUGACUAUAAGCCUAAACUGAAGAGUGUUUUACCAGCUACCCAGCUGCUUAAGCUGGCCCACAAGUACAGACCAGAGACGAAGCAAGAAAAGAAGCAGAGGCUGUUGGCCCGGGCCGAGAAAAAAGCGGCUGGCAAAGGGGACGUCCCCAGUAAGAGACCACCUGUCCUCCGAGCAGGAGUUAACAGCGUCACCACCUUGGUGGAGAACAAGAAAGCUCAGCUGGUGGUGAUUGCACACGAUGUGGAUCCCAUUGAGCUGGUUGUCUUCUUGCCUGCCCUCUGUCGUAAAAUGGGAGUCCCUUACUGCAUCAUCAAGGGUAAGGCAAGACUGGGACGUCUAGUUCAUAGGAAGACCUGCACCACUGUCGCCUUCACACACGUUAAUCCGGAAGACAAAGGUGCUUUGGCUAAGCUGGUGGAAGGUAUUCGCACCAACUACAAUGACAGAUACGAUGAGAUCCGGCGUCACUGGGGAGGCAAUGUCCUGGGUCCCAAGUCUGUGGCUCGCAUUGCCAAGCUAGAAAAGGCAAAGGCUAAAGAACUUGCCACGAAACUGGGUUAAAUGUAAAUAACUGUUUCUGUAAAUAAAAAUAAUUAAUGCAAAUUUUCCUUCAGCCAGUGUC